GGUCUUCCCGUCUGUUUUUCUCAUCCACUUCGCCCUCGUUAAAUUGGCUAUGAGUCCUUGACGCUGCAAUCAGAACAUUCUAUGGAAGAUUACUUGCAUGGUAUGUUGUCGUCUGGGGCCAUCCUUUUUGUCAUAUUACUGUUAGAUUCUCACGGUUCCUGAACGGCAUGUUUUAAUGGCUUCGAUAGCCUCACGGCUUCAUCUUCAUCCUACUAGCAAACUCGGCAGGAACAAGGUAGCAGAACUUCAUAUCUAAAACGAAAUUUCAUCGUUCCCUCUUUACUUCAUCUGGAGAGUAGAUACAUGUGACGUGCUCAGAACACAUACAUGAUUUCGUCGUACCAGCUGUUUGUUUAUCACCAUUUGCUUCAAGAGGUCUUUGCUCUGCAUGUGUUCACUGCGUGGCUGCCUUCACAGCUCCACCAGCAUGGAUAAACAUCUGAUUUCAAUGUGUACCUACGUUGAUGUUGGUAUGCUUUGUGCAGUGGCGUACUAAAUUUUAGUGCUGUUAUAAAGGCUCUUCCUAAGGUGGACAGCAUUGGAGCAAAAGAGUUGACCUCUAUCCUCCCUUCCAACAAACUCGGUCCCUGCGAAACCCAAUUCCAAAUCGAUCUAUAUCCACACCCGGAGCAAGAUAGUAUCCCAUCAAAAAUGUGAAACACCAGAGGAUCUUUAGAAACAAGAAAAAUAUCUUGUCGAAGUUGUGGGCGAUAGCAAAGCUGGCAGUGAUGAGAGCUUGACAUUCUUUAACAUCAUGUCAAAGACAUUGUUGUCUACCAUUAUAUUAAGAGUGUACUGGCGACGUCAAAGAGGCUCACGUUUCCUCACCAAACUGUACCGAAGUAAAGGAUUCGUCCCUGGAGUCAUUUCAGGACUGAACAUGAUUACAAUCGUCCCUCAGUGAUAUGUUAGAUUGAAGAGAGAGACCCUUGCAAGGCUGUAGGCCUUGUACAAAGAACUGCUGACAGUGACGGGUAUGUAAAACACUCCUGGUUGCCUUUGUCCAACAUACGCAGACACCUUUUGACAUGAAUAUCGUCAUGAUAGGUCAUGGGACAAGAUCACCUGGGAAAACAGUGAUCCAACAAAACUGUUUGUCUGAAAAUCUAUCCACUCUUCUAUGAGUAACUUCCGAAUCGAAGGUCACCGUCACAAUGCAAUCAGUAUCCAUAGGAGUUUCAGCCUGCACCUCAUAUCCAUCUACCAGAACAGCUGUUAGCAUCAGUCCGUUACUCUUGUCCGCACUGUUACGACCGUGCUGCGAGUCAGGCGAUAUGUGCGUGUGCCUCUAUCUGUUCUUUACCCAUUAGAUUCGAUCCGUCAGCUGUGAGAAGAGCAUGAAAAACGACAUAUUCAGUAUGGAGAUAACGAUGGUGGAGUUGCAGGUAUCAGAGUACACAUCAAGACUGAGAGACAGGAACCAAACUGAUCAUUCAAAACGUCAUCCGAAAUUUUUUCAAGAGAACGACAUGUAGUUAGAAACUUCUUAUCCGACAGGUGGAAGUAUGUUAUGUCAACAUCCGCAGGGGUCAGUUGAUUGUAGGCUCGUCAUUGAGAUGAUCAGGUCAUGUCACACUCGACGUAGGUCAAGGAGAUUUUACAGAAAGUAUCUUAAGACAACUAGCAAACUCUGCACAACCAUUCUCUGUAAACCGGGAGAUGAAUAUGACCCAUAUGUAUCAAAUUCUUUUGCUCACAGUCCAGUGGCAAUUUGUGGAGGUCUUCAAAAAUAUCAAUUUUAUUCGCCAAUGCAGAGAAAUAUAUAUAGAAAAAGAAGUUAG